GUGCCACAUCUUCCACUAAACGAUAAAGCCGCUACACAGGGGACUGGAGGAAGAAUCGACACAUAAGAAACAAAAAUAACAUUUAGCCUGUUAAAAUAAUCUUGUUUCUGUCUGAAAGUGACACACCGUAGUUACAGCGACUCGAGCAUCUUUAAUUACUCCCGUGUUGGUUUUUUGUUAAGAGUUUUAUCAGUAGGAGGUUCGCUACUUAAAGUUGGCGUGAGGUGUGAAAGUGGGCUUAACCGAAGAGGACUUUUCGACUCCUUUAUUAGGAGCAGAGGAGGCAGAGCAUAGGACACGAGGAGAGUAGAAGCACAGAGGAGAAGUGUGAGGAGAAGGUCCACACACCAGCUACCCGCCUGCCGUCCUGAGAGCGCUGAGUCAUGGGGAAACAGAACAGCAAGCUGCGGCCCGAGGUCCUGAACGACCUCCGGGAAAACACAGAGUUCACGGAUCACGAGCUGCAGGAGUGGUACCGCGGCUUCCUCAAGGACUGUCCCACCGGACACCUGACCGUGGAGGAGUUCAAGAAGAUCUAUGCCAACUUUUUCCCCUACGGAGACGCUUCGAAGUUCGCCGAGCACGUCUUCCGCACGUUCGACACCAACGGGGACGCCACCAUCGACUUCAGGGAGUUCAUCAUCGCCCUGAGCGUCACGUCUCGCGGCGGGCUGGAGCAGAAGCUGCGCUGGGCCUUCAGCAUGUACGACCUGGACGGGAACGGAUACAUCAGCCGGGCCGAGAUGCUGGAGAUAGUUCAGGCAAUUUACAAAAUGGUCUCAUCAGUGAUGAAGAUGCCUGAGGAUGAAUCGACCCCGGAGAAAAGGACGGACAAGAUCUUCAGACAGAUGGACAUUGACAAUGAUGGUAGACUGUCGUUGGAGGAGUUCAUUAAAGGUGCCAAGAGCGACCCGUCUAUUGUCAGACUGCUGCAGUCGGAUCAGGGAGCCUCUCGUCAGUUCUGAGGAGGAAAGAGACAAUAACACACACACACACUGAAACACAAUCCGACCCCCUCACCAGACAAUCCUUUCCUUUUUCAAACACUCCUAGUCUUAUUGUUUACAUGAAUGAAUAUUUCUCUUGUCAAUGUGGCCCCCUCUCUGUGGACUGACGUGCUUCAGUAGAGGUAUUUUUCUAUAUCGCUUUUUCCAAAGCUCCCUUGCCUUGAAAUGGCUUUUACCUGUUCUCCUUAAGUGAAGUGCCAUAUCAUAUAUUUAUACUGACUGGAGAAAAUGCUUGCAAGUAUUAUCAAUCCCAUUAUGUUACACCUAGAGGAAACUAAUUAUCACUUCAACUUUACCUGUGUUGAUAAACGGCUCGUUGUUGUUCAGGAUGUCACGUUGCUCUUCUGGACAACUUCUACAUUUGGUAUUGCAUGCGCUCUGUGAUGAGAUUUCUGAUUUUGUAACAGUUUACGUAAAUAAGGAGGCUGUGAUUGUUUUUAUCUGUUUUUAUUUUUGUAACAAAAAUGUUGUUUUCACACAAUGAAAUAAAGUCGUGUAAGAAAAUCUA